CCUCCUCCUCCAUCUCCUCCUCUCCCUCGCUCUUCUCGCCUCGUCCCUCCGCCCCCGCCCCCUCGUGCUCGUUAUCACCAACGAAGACUUCGCCGAAUCCUCUUCUAACCCCUCCUCAUCCGCCAUCACCGACGACUCCGACCGAUCCGAUGACUCCGCGGAGUGGGACGAGUUUGGCGACCCGGAGUCCUCCGCUGCCGCCACAGGAGACUACGACCCUGGCUCCUGGCUCCCCUUCAUCGAGUCCGCCUCGUCUCCCCCCUCCCUCGCCAACUCCUCCUCCGACCCCCUUGAGGCCCUCUACUCCUCCGGCGUUCGCCACAUGAUUACCGCCGCCUCCUCCUCCGACCCCGCCGACAUGGAGGACGCUGCCGCCGAGAUCGAAGCCGCGGCCUCCGCCGGCUUCCCCCACGCCCAGUCUGCCCUCGGCUUCCUCUACGGCACCGGCCUCAUGCGCCCCCAGAGCCGCCCCAAGGCCUUCCUCUACCACCACUUCGCUGCCGAGGGCGGCAACAUGCAGUCCAAGAUGGUCCUCGCCUACACAUAUUUCCGCCAGGACAUGUAUGAGAAGGCAGUGAAGCUGUAUGCGGAACUGGCAGAAGCAGCGGUUGCGAGCUUCCUGAUAUCGAAGGAGCCACCAGUGAUUGAGCCUAUCCGGAUCCACAGCGGUACCGAGGAGAACAAGGAUGCGCUGAGGAAGUCACGAGGAGAGGCAGAUGAGGAUUUCCAGAUCAAUGAGUACCAGGCAUUAAAGGGUAAUUCCGCUGCCAUGUACCGGAUUGGGUUGCUUUAUUACUAUGGUUUGAGGGGAGUGAGGAGGGACCAUGCCAAAGCACUGCAUUGGUUCUCAAAGGCUGUGGAGAAGGGGGAUCCGAGGGCAAUGGAGUUGCUAGGAGAGAUGUAUGCCCGAGGGGCUGGAGUGGAGAGAAAUUACACUAAGGCAUUCGAAUGGCUCACUCUUGCAUCCAAGCAUAAAUAUUACUCCGCAUAUAAUGGGUUGGGAUACCUCUACGUUAAAGGCUAUGGAGUAGAGAAAAAGAACUACACUAAGGCAAGAGAGUAUUUUGAGAAAGCUGCUGAAAAUAAAGAGCCUGGUGGACAUUAUAACCUAGGUGUGUUGUAUCUCAAGGGUAUUGGUGUGAAAAGGGAUGUAGCGGCAGCCUGCAAGCUAUUUCUUACUGCAGCUAAUGCUGGCCAGCCAAAGGCUCUCUACCAAGUUGCCAGGUUGUUCCAAAAAGGCAUAGGCCUCAAGAAGAAUCUUCAAAUGGCUACAUAUUUAUACAAAACAGUGGCAGAGAGGGGACCUUGGAGCUCCUUGUCAAGAUGGGCUCUGGAGUCCUAUCUGAAAGGAGAUGUUGGAAAGUCACUUCUGCUAUAUUCCAGAAUGGCAGAGCUGGGAUAUGAGGUGGCGCAAAGCAAUGCUGCCUGGAUCCUUGAUAAAUAUGGGGAACAAAGUAUUUGCAUUGGUGAAUCUGGCUUUUGCACAGACACAGAAAGGCAUCUACGGGCACACACUUUGUGGUGGCAAGCAUCAGAGCAGGGUAACGAACAUGCUGCUUUGUUGAUUGGUGAUGCUUACUACUAUGGCAGGGGAACUGACAGAGACUAUGAACGUGCUGCAGAGGCAUACAUGCAUGCUCACUCACAAGCCAAUGCUCAAGCCAUGUUCAAUCUAGGAUACAUGCAUGAGCAUGGUCAAGGACUUCCACUUGAUCUUCAUUUGGCUAAAAGAUACUAUGAUCAGGCCCUUGAGACCGAUCCUGCAGCAAAAUUACCGGUUAAACUGGCACUUACGAGCUUGUGGAUAAGGAAGAACUAUGCUGACAGCUUCCUGGUUAAAACAAUCGAUUCACUCCCACAAGUAUAUCCAAGAUUAGAGGCAUGGGUAGAUGAAGUACUGAUGGACGAAGGGAAUGUGACAAUAUUAACUCUUUUCGCAUGCCUCUUGGCGGUACUUUAUCUCAGAGAACGGCAGAGACGGCAAGUGGUGGUCCCUCGUCAACCUGACGACGAUGUACCCAACUAGGUAAAGGAGAAGAAGCUUCUCGAUUUAUUUUCUGUUGUGCAGAAGUUGAACUUCGAUAAUGAGUCACCACUAGAGUUUGAUUCUAGAGAGACUAAAGCUCAGAAUUAUAAUUACAGAUCACCAGAUUUCUACUCUUCGCUCAACAUUUACCAUUUCUUGAAGACUGUAAAUAUCCUCCUUGACAGCAGCAUCUCUUUUAUCGAUAAGUUUGUGCUCGUUUGUGUACCAAGCCCCAUUAGGAUUAUCCAAAACCAUCUAAUAUCGUAAGUUUGUAACAACCUUAGAUUGUCGUUCUUUGCUACUGUAACUUACGAUGUGUUGCCACAGAAUGCAAUAAUCUGCCUGUCAAA